UGAGGGGCAGGGCUGGGGCGGGGCCGCGCGAAGCCGGGGCUCUCAGUGCCGCGGAGCAGCAGCCGGCAGCGGGAAGAGUGGCCAGGAUGAGCAACGCUGCUAGCACCAAGCUGGGCCAGUGGUGAGGCAGAGGGAGUGGGGAUACAGAGGAAGAGGAUGGAGAGGGGGGGGCAAAGGUGAAGGCAGCCCCCCCCUCCCAAAAUAUCCCUCACCCCAUCGGGCCAUUGCCAUGGCUACAAAUUUUAACGACAUCAUCAAGCAAGGCUAUGUGAGGAUGAAGAGCAGGAAGCUGGGGAUCUAUCGGCGGUGCUGGCUGGUCUUCCGCAAGUCCUCCAGCAAAGGCCCCCAGCGCCUUGAGAAGUACCCGGAUGAGAAGUCGGCAUGCCUAAGGGGGUGCCCAAAGGUCACUGAGAUCAGCAAUGUCAAGUGCAUCACCCGGCUGCCCAAGGAGACCAAGAGACAGGCUGUGGCCAUUGUUUUCACUGAUGACUCAGCCCGGACCUUCACCUGUGAUUCGGAGCUGGAGGCAGAGGAGUGGUACAAGACACUGUCAGUGGAGUGCUUGGGUGCCCGUCUGAAUGACAUCAGCCUGGGGGAGCCCGACCUGCUGGCGCCUGGCGUGCAGAACGAGCAGACGGACCGGUUUAACGUGUUCCUCCUCCCCUGCCCCAACCUCGAUAUUUAUGGCGAGUGCAAGCUGCAGAUCACCCAUGAAAACAUCUACCUCUGGGACACACGCAACCCGCGGGUGAAGCUGCUCUCCUGGCCCCUCUGCUCCCUGCGCCGCUAUGGGCGCGAUGCUACCCGCUUCACCUUUGAGGCUGGAAGGAUGUGUGAUGCAGGGGAAGGUCUCUACACCUUCCAGACACAGGAGGGUGAGCAGAUCUACCAGCGUGUGCACAGCGCCACGUUGGCCAUCGCUGAGCAGCACAAGAGGGUCCUGCUGGAGAUGCAGAAGAACGCCAGGCUGCUGAACAAGGGCACUGAGCACUUCUCCUACCCCUGCACUCCCACCACCAUGCUGCCCCGCAGUGCGUACUGGCACCACAUCACUGGCUCCCAGAACAUGGCUGAGUCCUCCAGUUAUGCUGGGGAGGUGUACGCAGGCACCCAGGCCAGCUCAGACACCGACCUCCUCAACAGGUUCAUCUUGCUGAAGCCAAAAUCCUCCAAAAGUGACCAGCCUGAAAGCAGGGAGCCCACAUCAUCCCCGUGAGCUGGUGGGGGGGGGGACGUCGUGGUGGGGUCCCCGUUUUUCUUCCCUGAGGGGUGGCAAGGACACAGGCAGCUGCCUCUGUGGGUCCCCAGGGUCCUCCUCUGUGCCAGGAGCUAGGGGAGCUGGAACUGGUUCAUUGCCUGACAUUACUGGAGGUGACACUGGCUCAGCCUCCUGACUUGAAAUAUAUCUUGAAUAUUUGUAUUAUAA